AUGUUCGAGCGUUUAUCAUUUUCACCGCCAAGUGAAAAACGAUCUAGACAAUUUGAACCACCGUGUGAGGUGAAAACAAAAGAAUGUAUAAAACUGUCGCCUUCAGCAGAACGCAUAAAAUUGUCGCCGUCAACGGAAAAAAGUGUAGAACUGUCACAACUACGAUCUGAAGAAUCAGAGAAGAAUAAGAGGAACCAGCGUGAUCCGAUUUUUGUCGAGUACCGCAAGAGAGAACGCAUUCCAAUGCAGUUGACAUCAGCAAUGCGCACACUAGAUGAUUAUAGAAUGAAUGAUUAUAUCAUUAAGCCAACUACUUCGAAGGAAAAGAUUUCUGGAUUUGCUAAUCUCGGCAACACGUGUUACAUGAAUGCGAUGCUGCAGGGACUAUUUGCUAUGGAUAUUUUUGCCAGAGAUCUUUUCAAGCUUUGUAAGAAGGUUCAGAGUCGCAAAGUAGACUUGGAUGAAGUAAUGCCAAUGAGCUUAGCACUUUCGAGCCUUGCAAGCAUUCGGGAUAGGCCUUUAUGCCUUCAAAAGCAAGAACUGCUGAAAACGGUUAAAAAUGCGUCACGUUUUAAAGGCAGUUCUCAGCAAGAUGCCAAUGAAUUCUUGGUCCAUGUGCUUAAUCAAGUUCACGAUGAAUGUGAUAAGGUAUUGCGUGAACAGUAUGGAAUUGUAGAUAUCGUAGAAAGACGCAUGCGGAAUCCAGUAAUGGCAAACUUCGGUUUCACUAUGCAAAGCACUAUUAUCUGUGAUAUGUGUCACCAUGUCUCACAAAUCGAUGAAGACAGCAUCAUUUUGCCAGUUACUAUCAAUGUUUUGGAUCAAGCAAGUGAACGGUUUUCGAAAAAAUUUUUACGUUUUCCAAACGUACAGACUUUAUUGGAUGAAUUUUUGAAGACGGAAAACGUAGAGAGGAACUGCGAACUUUGUCAAGGAAAAAGCGGGCAAAGGACACAAAAAUUUGUUCAACUUCCACGAUGUCUCAUAAUACUCAUCAAACGUUAUGCUUAUAAUGUAUCGAAAAGUGUGAAACGUCAAGAUAAGAUUGAUAUUCCUUUAUAUUUAACUUUAAAUGGACAUUGCACUGAGUCAUCACUCCCUUUUUUCGCCGUUCCACCAAGUACAAAAAAGAUCGACUUCAUAACUACAAGUCCGAUCAAGAUGAAGCUAUCAAGAACAUCAACUGAUAAACCUUCAUCAGCUAGACGACGUCUAGAUUUGUCAGAUGUGCAAACUAGUUAUGGUACUCGAACGGGCAGUGUCGCAGAGGAAAUGCAUCUUGCGAUAAGAAGUCUUUAUAGUCAUCCUAUGGAUUGUAAAACAGUGCAAAGUAACAUGGCUGCGAGUCGUGAUAUGGGUUUUGUUGUUCCUGAUACUGAUUCGAGUCUCAACGACGAAGAACAAGUAACUGGAAACUUUGUUGUACCUUGGAACUCAGCGGAAGAAAGACCGAAGUCGCCGAGGAGUUUAACAUGUGAAGAAUUAAGCCGUAUGACCGAAGAAGAGCAGCUAAAAGUGAUUUGCGAGCGAAGUUUAUUGCAAACGGAGUUUGUGGUUAGUGAGAAUAAAUCAAGUGAUUCUUCAUCUAUGUCUCUUGAAUUCCCGGAAGUCGAAGCCGGAGAAGAGGACGACGAGGCAGAAGUACCACGUGUGCGGAUUGACGAUAUUUACUGUGCUCGUAAAGAGAAAUCGGAGGAAAGCCCAAAUUCAGAUAUAGUGUUAUUUGAGGAAAUAGGAGAUAAGCAAGCAGGAAGAAGUAGGCAAGAAGUUCAGUUUGUUAGUCGACAGGAAGAAGAAAAUAGCAAUCGGAAUCGCAUCGAACCUAAUAAUGGAGCGGAGCUUGGAAUUAUAGAUGUUAUUAAGGAAGUGGCUAUGAAAGAAGAGGUAACAGUUGGUGCUGGUGUGGACGCUGAACGAAUUAAGCAAGGUGAUCUCGAAACAAAAUCUGGAGUUGUUGAAAAAAGCCACGUGGUACCUCUCACGCCGCCACCAAUUGCAGGUGAACUUCAGGUAAAACAAAGGCCAGAGGACUGUGCUAUUAAAGAGAUCGUGGAGAAAAAUUUCGCUAUUGAAGACAAAAGCUUAUCAACUAGACCUUCCACACCAGUUCCUCCCAACACUCCAUCCAGUAUGACCGAACAAGAUCACGAGAAAAUAUGGGGUGGCAAUCCAUCCAGUGAUGAUGAUAGAGAAAUUUUGGAGGAAUCUAGCGUGCAAGUAAUACCGUAUAAACCGAUGUCUGUUGAAAAGCGACGUGCUAUUUGUUCUCAGAUUGGUUUACUCUUCAAUUACGAUUGCAUUGAGAAAACCGCUGUUCGCAUAAUGAAUCCAAAUGAUCGUCCAUCUCGAGUUGCUGGCAUUGUAGGUGACGGCAAUUGCCUGUUCCGAGCAUUGGCUUUUUACUUCGCUGGCAGUGAUAUCGAACAUUCGAGAGUUCGAGAAUGCAUUGUUGAAUUUGAAGCGGAACACUGGAAUGAAUUUGCUGCUUUGAAAGGUUGGUCGUCAGACGUCUGGAAUGACCACAUGAAUCAUUUGUUAACUGAUAACACGUGGGGUGGUGAUAUUGAACUUUUCGCAGUCGCGGCAAUGUUAAGUGUUGAUGUGUGGACAUAUUAUGAUCAACGAUGGACUUGCUACCGACCAAGAUUUAAAGUCCAAGAUGGUGAUAUUAUACCUAUAUCGGUUAAGGACCAUCGCGCAGGUAAUAACGAUGGUAUUUAUUUACUGAAUGAAUUCAACCACUAUACACCGGUGCUUGAACCUUCGGUUAGAAAUGCACUUCUCCUGAUGGAAGGUGCUGACGAGCGAAUUUGUGAUCUAGUUGUAAACGCCAAUGAAGGUUUCAUGAAGCCGUCAUAUCGGCUUGUAUCGGUUAUCAGUCAUAUUGGAGAUAAAAGCGAAAGCGGCCACUAUAUAUGUGACAUUUGGUGCAAAAAAAAUAAAGGUUGGCUGGAAUGUAAUGAUGAAGAUGUUUUGGCGAUCAAUGAAACAAGGGUACGGGCCAGGAAUAAUGUUGGAUACAUCUAUUUUUAUCUUGAUAGUGAACUGUUCGAGAGUGAGAACCGGUGA